AUGAUGCUGAUGAAAUUAGAAUUAUUAUUGAUUAAUCUUAAUUAUUUGUUAACAUUUUUUCUUACGUGUAAUUGUGAAUUAUUUGAUAACGAGACUGUGGAAAUAUUUUUCGACGAUCAAAAUUCCAAUUCAAGCGAGCUCGAAUUCGACGAGGGGUCGCUCGACGGCGUCGCGACAAAAAUCGAAGACCUGAAAGCGGAAAGCAGUCCCGACUCGCUGAUCGUGUCUUGGCGUGUUUCCGGCAAGAACGCGAGUUUCUACCGGAUCGACUGGUACAAAAAAGUGUCCAGCAGCCAGCAGCAGGACGUCCCCGUCGGCUCGGCGAAUCGGAGCUUCGUCGCCGAGGACCCGACGACGAGCUAUACCAUCGAGGAUCUGGAGUCGUGCACGACGUACAACGUGACCGUGACGCCCGACGAUUCGCUCGUGGCUCGCAGAGACGUCCUCGCGACCACUCUCAAAUCUCAAGCCGGAGCGCCGCUGAUCCUGACCGUCGAGCCGAUCCUGUACGGCGGCCACUCGGCGCUCAAUGUCUCGUGGCAGCGUCCCCGGGGCUCGGGCAGCGCCUGCAUAGAUCGCUACGAGGUCGCCAUCGAGACGCUCCUGGCCGAGGGCGAGUCGCACAGCGACGUGAAGAGCACGUCCGACACCUCGGCCCUGUUUCUGCAGCUCUACGCCUGCGCCUCGUACCUGGUGAGCGUCAGGGCGAUCGACCGCGACGGCGCCGAGGGACUCGUGUCGACCAUACAGUCCAAGCCUACCCUGCCCAGAGUCAGCUCGGCACCGAAGCUGAUAAACCAGCAGAACCUGCCUCCGUUCACGUCGACCAAGUCCUCGAUCACACUGCAGUGGCACGUGCAGAACGAGGCGAGCAACUGCAGCGUCCAGUCGGUCUCGACCGAGUGCAACUUGUCCUACACCGAGGGCUACGGCUACGAGCCGAUCGAGCGGGGCCGGGCGAAUCGCAGCUGCAACGCCCGCCUCGUGCCCCGGCUGCAGCUCGUCGUCUCGGGCCUCAGCCCGUACACGCGCUACCUCUGCUGGGGCUGGGCCCACAACGAGGCCGGGCCCAGUGCCGCGGGCAUGCCCGUGCCCAUCUUCACCAAGGACGACGCCUCCUCGGCCCCGGCCAAGUUUCGUCUCGCCGAUCUCGGUACCGGCCGGGGCUUCCGCUUCGACUGGGACGCGCCCGAGAUCAUGCCCGGCCGACUGCUGCAGUAUCGCCUGAGGCUGCUGGGCGAGCCCCUGUACCCGGUGCCGGAUCACUGCCACGUCGAUCGAGCCCACCUGGUGGACGACUUGGCCGCGGACCAGACGAGCUACGAGUGGCUCGGCGGCGACGGCUUCACCAACUACACGGCCUGGAUCGAGGCCAAGACCCGCAGCGGCUGGAGUCCCCGCAGCCAAGCGAUCUACUUUCGGAGCCAGUUCCGGGGCGUGCCCGACAGAGUCACCGAUCUCAAGUACGCGACGAGGGCACGGGCCAACGACAGCAACGCCCUGGACACGAUACUGAGCUGGCAUCUGCCCUGCUCGCUGCGCGGACCCCUCAAACGCUUCGAGGUGUUGGUGCUCGGUCAUCGGGCCAACUGGCGCAAUCACUCGUUCGCCAAUUUCGUGCCGGUCGACGAUAAAGAUCGCUUCCAGAAGAACGAGCGAUUCUCCGUGAGUCUGGGCGAGCUCAAGCCCCAGUUCACCUACAGCUUCCGGGUGAGCGCCGUCAUCGAGGGCGAUCUCAAGGGCGAGCCGGCCGAGUACGUCACGGAGUAUCCCUCGGGGAUACCGCCCCAGCCGAGCGAGGACUACAUGAAGUCGAUCGCCCUGGACCGAGCGAACGUGCGCUGCACCACGAGCUCGUUCGAGAUCCUGCUGCCGCUGUUCCCCGACACCAACGGCUACGUGCAGUUCUACGCGAUUCUCGUGUCGCGCCUCGGCUACCCGUACGAGCGCCUGAGUCGACGCUUCGUCGCCACGAGCCAGGAGCCCGACGGCGUCUGGCCCAACGUCUCGUCGUGGCGCGAGGCCAUGGAACGCGACUUUCGGAUACCCUACCAGGUCACCGAGCCCUACUGGACUCCCUAUCCCAACUUUAUCCUGGAUUACGGAGGAAUAAAGGCGGUCAAGUAUACGAUCGGCGACGACAGUACCUGCAAAGACUUUUCGCUGACCAACAAGCGCAAGCUCUUCUGCAACGGGCCGCUGAAGCCCGACACGAGCUACGAGGUGCGCAUGAUGGCCUUCACCAACGGCGGCUACGCCGAUUCACGGGCUUUCGUCGUAAAGACCGCUGCGGAAAUGAACCUGGUGCUCAUCAUUUGCAUUGUGAUUGGAGUGCUGUUUUUUGGAAUCUUCAUUGCUCUGUGGGUAGCUUACAAGGCUCGGGUCAGCAGGAAGCACAAGGAUUCAGCGAGGGAUGACUGUUCGAAUACAGACAAAGCGAUGGAUCAUUCUAAUGUUUAUGAAACUUGA